GUUAGACCUCUGGUCAAGGGGAUACAGUCAAAUGACAGAGGUUGGAAAAACAGGUUUGUGUUUGUGAAGAGAUCGUCGCUAGGGGAAGCCGGUGCAUCUCUGGUUGGCGGCUGGAAUACCGAAGGUGUGUUUAUUUUUAGUCUUUCUAAAUUCGUGAUGUGUCGUUAACACCACUCUUACAUCGUUUCUACUGCAGGUCUUAACCCAAAACUGUUGUCGCAUCGCGACGAGUCUCAAAGUCUCUAUGAUAAGUUUCUGAAGGUGUCAGAGGAGGACAGGCAGUUCAGAAAAAUUCUUUUUGCUUCUCAAGACAGUUGUUCAUCUAUGGCUUCUGGUCAGUCUAUUUUUUUUUUUUUUUACUUUACUCUUGGGUAGGACUUUUACCAAGGAUGGUUUCACACUGACGAUUUAACCUUUUCUGGACAGGUUCAUCUCAGUCACGUCCUAGGGGGAGUUUGGAUGGACAGGCGCUGGCUGAACUGUUGCGCAAGCGCAAGAGGGAGUCCUCUGUUGAUGCUGCAUCAGCAUCGUCUAAAAAGGACACGGCGGUCGUCGUUCACUUGGACGAUGAACAUGACGUCGCAUCCAAGACGCGCAAGACUGACUUCCUAGCUCCUCCAAACAAGAGCGGGCCUUCCUAUUCUGUGACCGUCCCUAACGACUUCAUGUCGUUGGAGAGGUCCAUAUGGCCCGAGGCCGACAGGUUCCUCUUUCCCAGCGCUAUGGAAAGGAUCAAGGACCAUACUCUUCCUCGCAUGAUGUCAGAUGGGCUAGAGCUCCUAUUCCAGUCUUCCCAACAUCUCCUAAUGGAAAAAAGGGAGAUCUCAUCUCUGCUGAAGGGUCAUCUGUCCAUGAAGCAGAGGAUGGAGAAAGCGGAAACGGACGCGAAGUCCAAAGGUGCUGAAUUGGAGUCUUGCAAGGAGACUAUGGAGAAGAUGAAGGAAACUCUGAAGAAAAACGGGGAGGAGCUGGAAGAAAUUAGGCAGAGGGCAACUACGCUGGAAGAGUCCUCGCGUCAGGAGAUCACGGCUCUCCAGGCGAGUAUUGACGCUCAGAAAAUGAGAUGGAUCUUCUUGAGGCUGAGGUGACAACUAGGGUUAGGGCCAAGCUGAUGCACCAGUUUCUGAUGAAGAAGACAGCGUCAUGGACGCCGCAAAAGGACAUUGACCUAUACAUCCAAUUCAUGGGGUCAAUGAAAGAUCUUAUGGAUG